UUUGUUCUCUUUUACAACCCUAAACCCUCUCCGGUUAUCCCUCUCCAGCAACCACUCUCCGUCUGUCCGCCGCCGGCAGCCACUCCGGCGGCGAGUAUAGCUGCCAGCAGCUCAUCUUCCCCUCUUUGCUCAAAGCUUAUUCCUCCCCAUCUUCUCCGAACUCCAUUGAGAGACUAAAGGAGUGGCGCAUCUGAGGUUCGAAGACGGACAACCAAACCAAGCGUGAAGAGGUUAUUUUGGAUUGCUUUUUGAGACUCAUUCUUCAAAACGCUGCGGCGACCAGAAAAUACAUGUCAUUCAGAGGAAGAGGGGGCGGCCGCGGCCGUGGCCAUGGAGGGCCUCCUAGAGCCAAGCAAAUGCCCUUCGAUCUCUUUCCGGAAAUUGCAAUAGGCUUUGUGAAGUAUUAUGUGGAAGAAGUAAAGAAGUAUUCUCAGUUUGUGUCCUGGUCACAGAGUCUGCAGACCUUUUUUGAGACAUCUCCUUACCAUUACCAAGAUAGAAAGCUAACCCUACAGAAAACGCAAAAACUAGACAUAGAGAGGUACUCGGAUAAGAAAUUGCAGGCAACAACUGUUAAGCAACCACUCCAUCACUUAAUAAUGAUGGACAAAGAUCAUAUGCCUGCAGAACUAGUCAGAGGUGGACAGCAGACUUUCAAGAGAGUCAAGUGGGACAAUGAAAUAGACUUGAACAAACUUGAUCAGUUUGAGAAGCUUGAGGAAAAGCGAAAGGGAACUGAAGAAGAAAACGAAGAGGAGGAAAAUGAAGAAGAUGAAGAAUUUAGUGAUGACAAUGAUUAUACGAAGGGUGAAUACGUUGAUGACGAUGAAGAUGACUUUAACAUGGAGGACGAGGCAAACGAGGAUGAUGCAGGGAUUUUUUGAGUUAGCAUUACAUUGAUCAACAACUAGGCUACUUGUGGUAUAUUUUUCCUUGCAACAUAAGCUCUAAUUUUGACGGUGUUAUAGUAUGGUAUAUAUAUAUUUUUUUGUUUCUUAAAGAAAGAAAAAAACAUCAACCGUUGGUAGGAUUUAGGCCUUGUUUACUAGGAGUUAUGUUAUCAAUUUUUUAGUGGUGUUCCAGAUAGUAGUGUUUACUUAUUAUAAGCUGCACAACGAAAUAAACUUUUUGGUCUUUGGUUUA